AUGGAAAGCUGGACCAGGAUGAACUGGAGCAGCUCGAGCACAUAUCGCAGCGGCUUGGUUUGCCACACGAGUUGCGUCAUCUCCUGCAGGCCGACAACUCACAAGGACCUCUUCGACAUCCUCGACCGCGACAAGGACGGUCAGGUAGGCGCGGUGGAGUUCGUCGAGGGGAUCUGCAAGAUCGCGCUGUCCUCCGUGCCGGUGGAGACCAUGCAGAUGCUGUCGCUGCUUCGCCAGCAGCAGGCCAAGACGCUGGAGGUUCGGCAGCACGUCAACGAGCUCCAGCACAUCCUCACGAAGACCACGCUGCCGCCGUGGCAUAGAAGCUGGUCGGCGCCGCCGGGGGCGGUGCCGCUGGGGAAGGAGGACUGA